CUUCUUGCCUUAUUUAAAUAUAAAUAAACAAAAUUUAAUAUCGGAAUUAAUGCUGAUCCAAAGCAAUACAAAAAUGCCUUUAGAACUUUUGGUUGGAUUUUAUAUAUUUAAACUUAAUCUAUUAAUUAUUUUAAAGUGUUCAAUUUUCGAGUUUUUUAAUCACACCAGUCGACUUAGGCUUGAACUUAUUUGUGCUUUGUUUGCUGUUGAUUGUCAAAAGUGGUGUAAUAUAAAGUAUUUAAAUUUCUCCAAAGAAACAUGUAAUUGGCUUGAUAUGGAAUCGGGGAACGUUGAAUUAAAAAUGGUUAUUAUCUAUACGAUUUUAAUUAUUUGCUAUCAUUUAUAG